AUGAUAUUUUUAAAUUUAUGUGACCACUGUCAAAAAAAAAGCAGUACAAUUAAAAAAGGUUUAGUUGUAAAACCUAUACUUUCAUCAGAAUUGAACUCUCGCUGUCAAGUGGAUUUAAUAGACAUGCAAGCUCAGCCUGAUGGCGAUUACAAGUUUAUAAUGGUCUAUCAAGAUCACCUUACGAAAAAGUGGAGCGAAGGUCUUAAAUUUGUUCAAUUUAUGAAGAAUCGGAGUUUUCACCAUGGUACAAAACGUUCGCCAUACGAAGCUAUGUUCGGAACACAUGCUAAAGUUGGCCUAAAAUCAACCCAAAUUCCAAUCGAUUUAAUUUCUACUUUAAAAUCGGAGGAAGAUUUAGAAAAAGCUUUAGGUUGUGGAAUUAAUAUCGAAAACAUAAACGAGAAGCACGAAAAAAGUGAUGGAAGUGAUAAGGACAGUGCAAAAUAA